AUGAGGAACGCGAUCUUUCCUCGCAUCGACUUUCUUCGCUACCUGAAGAAAAUCCACGUCAGCUACUGCCCCACGCGCCCAAAAACAGAAAUCGCCAAGCAGCUCAUUAUGCGGGUGACGUCCGAAUCCGUCAAAAAGAAAUUUCCUCAUCUCCAGGCUUCCUGGGAAAUGCUGGCCUACGAUGCCCCAGCGACGGUCGAAGUGGAGCUUCUGGAUGGGCGGCGAGUUCGGAGGAUCAUCGAUGGGUACAGUAAGGCCGAGAAAAAGAAAAUCGUCGAUGACUGGAGAUUCACAGCGAACAUGGAGCCUUGGCCGGAGGUACUCGGUCCUCAGCCCCGAGGGGCGCGCAACAGCACAUGUGGAAGAGGCGAGGCAGGAGCUGAGGCUUCUACGGGGAAUGUGGAGUCUCCGAACGGUCCGAACUGA